AUGAUUCCUCCAUGCGACCCCUCAAUUCUUGAGCACAACCCUCAAUUCAAACGACUAUAUGAGGAUCUAACAAUCUCCCUCCUCAACCCAGAUGCCUCAACGCGUGCUCAAGGCGCGAGCCCAGCCCGCACAGCUGUGGUGGAAGAGUUGAAGCAAUGUCAGGCUCAACAUGCCAAAAAGCGAAUCAAGGAGCAAAUGCUCCGACAAUUGGCCUUCGCCCCAGACAGCAGCUUACCCGCGGAGUGCCAUGAUAACCUCGCUAUAAUAACCCUUUACCUCGAUACCCCAACCAGCACAAUCGAACCCACCAACCCCAAGUCAGAAAAUGAGCCCAAGAAACCAGACGAAGCACUCUCCCUCCUAGCACCCGAAAUCGAAGCCUUCUACACCAAUAUCCCAGCCUUCAUCCUGCCAUUCUCCAAAUCCCUCUCAUCCGCCAUUCAAGACCUACGCGCACUAUCAACCGCAAACACAGACCCAGUCACCGCGCCCGACGCAGACGCCCACCCACAGCACUCGAACCACAACGCACGCGCCCGAGCGCGCGACCGCCGAGUCCGGACCUCGAUGGCACCAGUCCCACUGCUGUCGUCACAGCUACAAGCGCGGGUGCGCGCGCUGCGCCACACACAGCUGUCCGAGCUGCCCGUCGCUCGGCGGAAGAUGGCUGCUACGGCGGCGGAGGUUGUUGCCAUGCGGGCGCGAGUCCUGGAGCGCACUGUCGUGAUUCUGGAGCGGGCGAAGCAUGGGGCCUUGGCGCGCGCGACGAAAGCUAAGGCGGAGCAUUUGGCUGUUGUUGCGCAGGGCGUGGAGGGGAAAUUAGAGGUUACAAAGUUGGAGAUUGCGGCCACGCUCUAUACUCCGGAAACACUUGCUGCCCUUGCUCGGUAUAGGCAGCAUCUGAGGCAGACCAAGGAGCGCUUGCAGCACCGUCGGAAAAUGACGAUUCAGGAGCUGAGAGCUUAUGGCGAUGUGGAAAUGUCUGAUCCGGCUACUGACAUCGCUGUGGAUGAGGGGACUUUCGAGGAUAUUGCUCGUCGGUAUGGGGUUUUGGCGAGAGAAGUUGAAGAAGUAAAGAUGGAAAUUGCACGAUUAGAGAAAUAA